AGUGUGGAGCAAGAUGGGGAGGAUUUCUGUCAGAAUGAAGAUUCAGCUGACAAGAAGCUGUUAGACAUGUGUAAAGAAGCUGAGAAUCCAGAGGAGUACGAAGAUUUGGUUGGAAAGGUGAAGAAGGAGGAUAUACUCGAUCACAUCGCUCGUCAGACAGUACAUCCAGUCUACUCGACCGAGAUACUCGAUCACAUCCUCCCCUCUGAUGAAUCUGUCAUAGCAUCUGAUGACUGGUCUGAACUCAAGGCACCCAAAGUGGACCUGAAACCGCUGCCAAAAGGGCUAAGGUACGCUUUCCUUGGACAGAACUCUACUUACCCUGUAAUUGUCAGUGACGAGCUGAACACUGAUCAAGUCAAUCUGCUGUUAACUGAAUUGAGAAAAUAUAGGAGAGCUAUAGGAUAUUCACUAGAUGAUAUCAAGGGGAUCUCGCCCAAUCUAUGUACCCAUAGAAUUCAUUUAGAAAAUGAGUCCUACUCUAGCAUUGAACCUCAGAGAAGAUUAAAUCCAAACCUGAAAGAAGUGGUAAAGAAAGAGAUACUUAAACUAUUAGACGCAGGUAUAAUCUACCCUAUAUCUGAUAGCACUUGGGUAUCUCCAGUCCAUUGUGUUCCCAAAAAGGGAGAUGGUUACAGCGGAUUCUUUCAAAUCCCUAUCCAUCCAAACGAUCAAGAGAAAACCACCUUCACAUGUCCUUACGGGACCUUUGCUUACAAGCGAAUGCCUUUUGGGCUUUGCAACGCACCUGCAACUUUUCAGCGGUGUAUGACUUCUAUUUUCUCCGAUUUGAUAGAGGAGACGGUUGAGGUGUUCAUGGAUGAUUUUUCCGUGUAUGGCUCUUCCUUCUCCUCCUGUUUGUUAAAUUUGUGCAGGGUGCUCAAAAGAUGCGAGGAGACAAACCUAGUGCUGAACUGGGAGAAAUGCCACUUCAUGGUCAGAGAAGGCAUCGUUUUGGGACACAAGAUUUCAGAGAGAGGAAUAGAGGUUGAUAAGGCUAAAGUUGAUGUGAUGAUGCAGUUGCAGCCACCAAAGACUGUCAAAGACAUCAGGAGUUUUCUUGGGCAUGUAGGGUUUUACAGAAGAUUCAUCAAGGAUUUCUCCAAGUUGGCCAGACCGCUCACCAGAUUAUUGUGCAAGGAAACAGAGUUCACAUUUGAUGAAGAAUGUCUGACGGCUUUUAAGUUGAUCAAGGAAGCUUUGGUUACUGCUCCAAUAGUCCAAGCUCCGAACUGGGACUACCCGUUUGAAAUCAUGUGCGAUGCUUCAGACUAUGCAGUAGGAGCAGUUUUGGGCCAGAAGAUUGACAAGAAGCUGCAUGUGAUCUACUACGCAAGUAGGACGAUGGAUGAUGCACAAGUGAGGUAUGCCACCACUGAGAAGGAACUGUUGGCUGUGGUAUUCGCAUUCGAGAAAUUUAGGAGCUACCUGGUAGGAUCUAAAGUAACAGUCUACACUGAUCAUGCCGCCCUGAGGCAUAUCUAUGCGAAGAAGGAUACCAAGCCUAGGCUGUUGAGAUGGAUCUUACUGCUUCAAGAGUUUGACAUGGAGAUAGUAGAUAAGAAGGAACAGCUAAUGGCAUUCAGACAACUGAACGAAAGCUCUCAAACCCUAAAAUCACUCGUUCAAGUAUGUGCAAUGAAAGAUAAGCUUCCGUGGUAUGCUGAUUACGUCAACUACUUGGUGAGUGGUGAAGAACCUCCGAAUCUGUCAAGUUAUGAAAAGAAGAAGUUCUUCAAGGACAUUCACCAUUUCUACUGGGAUGAGCCUUAUCUAUACACUCUCUGCAAGGAUAAGAUCUACAGGCGAUGCGUCUCAGAAGAUGAAGCUGAAGGUAUCCUGCUGCAUUGUCAUGGCUCUGCCUAUGGUGGCCACUUUGCAACAUUCAAGACAGUAUCAAAAAUCCUUCAAGCAGGUUUUUGGUGGCCAACAAUGUUCAGAGAUGCCCAGCAGUUCAUUUCAAGAUGUGACUCAUGCCAGAGGAAGGGAAACAUCAGUAGGAGAAAUGAAAUGCCACAAAAUCCUAUAUUAGAGGUAGAAAUCUUUGACGUCUGGGGAAUCGACUUUAUGGGACCAUUCCCUUCUUCCUAUGGGAACAAAUACAUUUUAGUGGCAGUAGACUACGUGUCCAAGUGGGUUGAGGCCAUUGCAAGUCCCACGAAUGAUUCAAGGGUGGUUCUGAAGAUGUUUAAAACCAUAAUCUUCCCAAGAUUUGGUAUACCAAGGGUUGUCAUCAGUGAUGGAGGUACACACUUCAUCAACAAAGUCUUUGAGAAUUUACUGAAAAAGCACGGAGUGAAGCAUAAGGUAGCCACUCCUUAUCAUCCACAGACAAGCGGGCAGGUAGAAAUCUCCAACAGGGAGAUAAAAGCAAUUCUAGAGAAGACUGUUGGGAUUACAAGGAAAGACUGGUCUGCAAAGCUCGAUGACGCGCUAUGGGCUUACAGAACAGCUUUCAAGACCCCUAUCGGCACAACUCCUUUCAACCUUCUCUAUGGAAAAUCCUGUCACCUACCUGUUGAGCUCGAGUAUAAAGCUAUGUGGGCAGUUAAACUACUGAACUUUGAUAUUAAGACCGCUGAGGAGAAGCGGUUAAUCCAACUGAAUGAUCUCAAUGAGAUUCGCUUAGAAGCUUAUGAGAGCUCCAGAAUCUACAAGGAGAGAACUAAGUCUUUCCAUGACAAGAAGAUAAUCUCGAGGGAUUUUAAGGUUGGUGAUCAGGUGUUGCUGUUCAACUCCCGCCUGAGACUCUUUCCAGGUAAGCUCAAGUCUAGAUGGUCUGGUCCUUUCCGUGUCACUGCAGUUCGACCUUAUGGUGCUAUCACUCUAGCUGGAAAGGAUGGAGAUUUUACAGUCAAUGGCCAGAGGCUUAAGAGAUACAUGGCAGAUCAAUACAUUCCAGAAGGAACUUCUGUCCCUUUGGAGGAACCUCUUAAUGCCUAAUAAGUGUGAGGAGUCAGGCUAGAGACUUAAAACAAGCUCACUUGGGAGGAAGUCCCAUGACCAUCUCUGUAAAUAAUUUUUCCUUUCUUGUUAUUUUUGAUUUGUUUUGGUUGCGUUUGUGGUUCUCAGGAAUGGAGAAACAAUCUGGAGAUAGAGUAAAAAUUCAAAAAUUUU